AUGACGUUGGGUCUCCAGAAUGUACUCGCAACGUUCCAACGAUUGAUGGAUCGAUUGAGAGCAGGACUUAAGGACAUGCAGGUGUUUGCAUAUCUAGAUUACCUAAUCAUACUAUCGCCAAUCUUCGAGAAACACAUGAGUGAUCUGAAACACUUUCAAGCAAGAGAUGAACCAAGACAAUGGACACAUCUUGCGACCAGGGGGAACACCGCGAAUUGUAAAUAUUUAGAAACCGACGCAGAAGAACCUGAAGGUUCAAAAUCUCAUUUAAAUGGAGCAUUUAAAUGGACUCAUGAAGCUAUUCUUUUGCUUCUUGAAUAUCAAAAGCGACAAAUUGAUUUCAACGAAAACGGUAUUUUGAGAGUUGGCGGUAGAAUAAAAUUGUCUGAUUUCGGUUACGAUAAGCGUCACCCAAUGGUUCUACCUAAAAAUCAUGCACUUUCAUCGUUGAUUGCCAGAUAUGAACAUAUCAAAUCUUUUCAUUCUGGAGCGCAACGCUUGUUGCAUACGCUCAGAGAGACAUACUGGCCAAUCAACGGUAGAAAUCUGUGUAAAGGUAUUAUACGAAGAUGCGUCAUCUGCUUCAAUGUUAAUCCUACUUCUAUUUCCCCAUUAAUGGGCGAUUUGCCAAAAAACCGCGUCACCCCCCAUUUGCCAUUCACGAAUUGCGGCGUGGACCUUGGAGGUCCGAUUACGUUGCGAGAUCGUCGUACUAGAGGAACUAGUAUCGGAUUAACAUCAGAAUGCUUCUUAGCUACACUCAGACGAUUCAUCGCACGUCGGGGAAAACCCACUAACAUUUAUUCAGACAACGGAACAAAUUUUGUCGGGGCAUCGUCGGAAAUUAAAAGAUUAGCUAAUUUUUUGCGCAAAAAAUACCUUAGUAAUGUUAUGAAAUCAUUAAGUGACGACGGCAUCAAUUGGCAUUUUAUUCCUGCUAAAUCACCUCAUUUUGGGAGUAUUUGGGAAGCCGGUAUAAAAUCAUGUAAGUCGCAUUUAAAGCGAAUUUUAGGAAAUGCAUGCCUUACCUUUGAAGAUUUCUAUACAAUUUUAACACAGAUCGAAGCUAUUUUAAAUUCCAGGCCAAUUUCUCCUUUGAGUUCCGAUCCUAAUGAUUUAAAUCCAUUGACUCCUGGCCAUUUCUUAAUUGGCAAAUUCUUAACAUCUAUUUCCAUCCCAAAUGUACUUGACAUUCCUAAAAAUAGACUAGGACGCUACCAGCACCUGCAGCGUUUGGCACAACAUUUUUGGAAACGCUGGCAUAAGGAAUACAUUUCGGAGUUGCAGAGUAGAACAAAAUGCACAGGCCGUGCAAACCAAUCAUUAAAGGUCGGAACCAUGGUACUUCUCAAAGAAGAUAAUGUACCUCCACUGAAUUGGCAAUUAGGUCGCAUUAUCGAGGGCAUCCAGGACUAG